GGCACUGGUCAACAGGUGGCGGGCAAUUGCGAUGCCAGGGCCCGCGGCUGAAGUACAAGGAGCACUGCAAGAUGGCGACUGAGGGCCGAGGCGCCACAGGGUCGUGUCAGCACAGCGCCGAGUUCAACGCCAGCCCCGCGAGACACGAGGACACCGAGGCACUCCGCCCGCAACUGACCUCACUGUACAGCUCAGGGCUGCAACAUCACGGCGUCGCUACGCAACAGACAGCGGACGUCGGCGUAGCCCGCGAACCCAGCCUCACUAUCACGUGACACUCCCUCCCCGGAUGGGCAGCUGCCCCAUACGCACGCGCACACUUAUCCCCACGGAUCACUUCCUUUCCUGCCAUAGAGUUCGGAGGGAUGCUAGCUAGUCUGCGCGUCGGCGAGAACCCCGGAAGUGGCUGCGUUUGGGGCGGCUCCUCGCGAAGGUGGUUUUAGGCGGCGGGCGGCAAGAUGGCGGAGUUUGCCAACGCAACCCGUGAGGUCGUCAAUGUCACCCUCCGCACCACUCUGGCUGCUACCACCAAGCUGGUGAUGCCUACACCUGCCAAACCCAUUUUUCCCGUUCAGACUGGAGUCCAGGCACAGCAAGAGGAGCAAUCCAGUGGAAUGACCAUUUUUUUUAGUCUUCUUGUAUUAGCUAUCUGCAUCAUAUUGGUGCAUUUACUGAUAAAAUACCGACUUCAUUUUUUACCAGAAAGUGUAGCUGUUGUUUCCUUAGGUAUCCUUAUGGGAGCUUUUAUAAAAAUCAUAGAGGCUCAGAAGCUGGCCAACUGGAAGGAGGAAGAAAUGUUUCGUCCGAAUAUGUUUUUUCUGCUUUUGCUUCCACCUAUUAUAUUUGAAUCUGGUUAUUCAUUGCACAAGGGCAAUUUUUUUCAGAACAUAGGCUCCAUCACACUAUUUUCUGUAUUUGGCACAGCAAUAUCAGCUUUCAUAGUAGGUGGAGGAAUUUAUUUCCUGGGCCAGGCUGAUGUAAUUUAUAAACUCAACAUGACAGACAGUUUUGCAUUCGGCUCUUUAAUAUCUGCAGUUGAUCCUGUGGCUACUAUUGCCAUUUUUAAUGCCCUCAAUGUGGAUCCUGUACUUAACAUGCUGGUUUUUGGAGAAAGCAUUCUCAAUGAUGCAGUCUCUAUCGUCUUGACCAACACUGCAGAAGGUUUGACAAGAGAAAAUAUGUCAGAUGUAAGUGGAUGGCAAACUUUUCUACAGGCGCUGGGAUACUUUCUUAAGAUGUUCUUUGGCUCUGCAGCACUUGGAACACUUACUGGCCUUAUUUCUGCAUUGGUGCUAAAGCACAUUGAUCUAAGAAAGACGCCCUCUUUAGAGUUUGGGAUGAUGAUUAUCUUUGCUUACCUUCCUUAUGGACUUGCAGAAGGUAUCUCACUCUCAGGUAUCAUGGCAAUCCUAUUCUCUGGCAUUGUGAUGUCCCACUAUACACACCAUAACCUCUCCCCUGUUACACAGAUAUUAAUGCAGCAGACACUGAGAACCGUUGCUUUCAUGUGUGAAACGUGUGUUUUUGCAUUUCUUGGCCUAUCUAUUUUUAGUUUUCCUCACAAGUUUGAGAUGUCCUUCGUCAUCUGGUGCAUAGUACUUGUUCUGUUUGGUAGAGCAGUGAAUAUUUUCCCCCUUUCCUACCUACUCAACUUUUUCCGUGAUCAUAAAAUCACCCCUAAAAUGAUGUUUAUCAUGUGGUUUAGUGGUUUACGUGGUGCAAUUCCCUAUGCACUCAGCCUCCAUUUGGGCUUGGAACCAAUAGAGAAGCGUCAGCUCAUUGGAACAACUACAAUCAUCAUAGUGCUGUUCACAGUGUUGCUGCUGGGAGGAGGAACUAUGCCCCUUAUCAGACUGAUUGACAUUGAAGACUCCAAAGCACGCAAGAGGAACAAAAAGGACAUUAAUCUUAGCAAGACAGAGAAAAUGGACUUGCAUCAUGGGCGCAUACAGAUGAAAACUCUCACAAACAAAUGGUAUGAAGAGGUACGACAAGGACCCUCGGGCUCUGAAGAUGAUGAGCAAGAGCUGCUGUAGCAGACCGGGGAAGAAGCACAGGGAGUUUAUCAUUAGACUUUAGAAAGUGAAUUUAACUAUCAAGAGCGCAACUGCACAAAAGCUUCUGAUUUUGGGCAUAUCUUGUGCUGUAUGUUUAAACAUCAAAAAGCAGACCUACUUUGCUUGGUAUUAUUAGUCAGUGACUGGUGGCCACUUAAGUGUCAGACUCUGGACUGAAUGAAGAACUUUCCAGCUUUUACAUCACAGCAAAUUUAAUGCAGCCUGUGAAGAAUGUGGAAGCAUCUGCCAUGAAAUUGUUUAAUUGUUUAAUUUUAAUUGUUGUUUAAUGUGGGUCCUAUUAUAAAGCCUGCUGUGAAUGUUUGAAGUGCAGAGCCAUCAUAUGACUGCAAGAUAGGAUGAGUUGCAGCUUUUUUUUUUUUCUUUUAAAAUAUGUACCGAUUCACAUGGAGAGGCUUAACAGUUCAAACUAUGAAUUUUUUUCAGCACUAGUAAGGGAGUCUGGCUGGGAUAAAUCCUUGAUUUAUGAUACUUACAGGAUCAAAGAAUGAUUUGGGUUGGAAGAGACCUUAGAGAUCAUCCAGUUCCAACCUUCUCUGCCUUGGGGACAUAGAAGACCUCAGAUUUGCACAUUUUGAAUCCAGAGAAGAUCACUGCCUUGACUAAUAGCAGAUGCUGCACACAGAAAAAGAACCUCUUAAUACCUCCAUAUUUUUGUCAUUAAAAUUGUCUUGGUAUCUAUCUAAUGGGAUGCUUUAUUUUUAUAUUCUGAGAUGUCGUCCUAAUCAGUACUGUGGGUUAGACAUGACUUGCAAGAGGUGGGGAUAGUAUGACAUUAAAACUGCAAUUUCAAAUGCA